CAUUGAUAUUUGUGUAAAUAGUAAUUAACCAGAUUGUGUAAAUAGUAAUUAACCAGAUUGCUGAACUUUACUCUGAUGUUUUUCUUUUCUUUUCAGGGAAUGCACGCUUGCCUAGUUAAGGUGACCUUAAGGAUAUUCAAUAAUUCUGGGAAUAAGAAAGUAAACCUUCCUUGUCUUGGGGAGAUAACAGUUCUUUCUAUGGGGGUGUUGCCAUUCUGUCUAGCAUUUGCCAUCUUUUGGGCUGCCAAUCAGCAUGUAUCAUAUGCAUGGGUUGCCAAGAUGUUCUUGUCUCAUCCUUACCUAUAUUGGGUUGUACUUAAUGGAUGGGCAUGGUCAACCUGCACGACUGUAUCUUGUCCCUUGUACUUUGGGUACAUUUUAAACUUGCCUCGAAUGAAGAUGUUAAACUAGUGUAACGGUCGUUCUUGUUUGCUGUCAUACAAUAUCCUGAUAUUUUUUUAUAUUAGGCUGGUUUGGAGGUGAACUGAAACACCUCUGAAACUAUGGGCCCUCUGCACCAGUAUCUAGAGAUCCUUCAGGCGAAGCCUGAGCAUAUUAGGUUGCUUGUAUCUUUAGAGGUGGAAGGAUAGAUAACAGGCAGCAGCUGACCCCAUUGAUAGAUCUCCUGAAAAGCUAAGAAAUCUCGAAAAUCUGUAUGUAAUUGAA